AUGUCAUCAAGCACGUCCGACAAGCCCAAAAAGGGCACCACGAAAUUGCUUGCCUACCGGUCAAAGCACUUUGCCCACUCUGCCAUUGGCAUUGUCAGCGCCGACGAGACGCGCGUCACCCCCUUGCUCUUUCCAAACUACCGACCAGUGACUGGCCUCCACCGUCUUAUCGCGCAGUGGGAUGAGGUGGGUGACAGGUUGCUCCAUGGAUCGCCCCAGGAGAAGCUUGCCGAUGUCGAGGUCUUGCCGCCAUUGCCCGGACGAGAUGUCCUGUGUGUGGGCAAGAACUACAAGGCGCACGCAACCGAGUUUGCGCGCUCUGGCUACGACAGCAGCGACGUGAAAGAGCAACCCGACUUUCCAGUUAUCUUCACCAAGCGUGCUUCCUCCAUUGUGGCCGACGGUACACCCAUCUACCCCCACCCGGGUGUGACCAGCAGCCUAGACUAUGAGGGCGAGCUAGCCAUCAUUAUUGGUACGGGCGGCCUGGGGAUCAAGCGCGAGGACGCGUGGAAGCACGUCUGGGGUGCGUGUAUCGUCAACGACUUUACGGCGCGCGAGCGACAGCGUGACCACAAGCAGUUUUACAUCGGCAAGUCGCUGGACACAUUCUGCCCAAUGGGACCAUACGCUGUUCCGUCAUCCGAGCUCGACUGGAAGAACAUGGUCCUCGAGACGCGCGUCAAUGGCGAAGUGCGACAGCACCAGAACACAUCAGAGCUCAUAUUUGACAUUCCAACCUUGAUCGAGACCUGCUCCAUGGGUAUCACACUCCAGCCCGGCGACGUGAUUGCCACCGGUACGCCAGCUGGCGUCUGCCUCUCAAGCGGUGUGUUCCUCAAGUCGGGCGACAAGAUUGAGGUCAGCAUUACAGGAUUGGGCACCUUGCGGAACGAGGUGGGGUCUGCAGACCAAGCACCCGCGUGCGCACCUGUCCUUCCUUACUCGCCGGCAGACAUUUCGCCCGAUCACGACCUCGUCGACCUCCCCUCUGGUCCACUCCACGUCGUCGUCACCGGCGAAUCGAAGGGCCCCACUAUCGUGUUCAUCCACGGCCUCGGGGGCUGGCACACCAACUUUCUCCCUGUCCUUGCUGCCUCGCGGAUAGCCAACACCCAUCGUGUAGUGGCCUUUGACCUGGAGGGACAUGGCCUCUCGCCUGGGACAGGUCAGCCAGUCUCUAUCGACACGUUCGCCGAGAGCGUCAAGGAGGUGAUGGACCAUGUCGGUGCUGAGAAGGCGGUGAUUGUGGGCAACUCUAUGGGAGGACUCAUUGCCACGACGUUUGCUGCCCGGUACCCGAAGCGCGUAACCAAGCUCUUCCUCAUCGGUCCUGUCCGCACGUUGACCAAGGGGCACAAGGCCAACCUUCUCGACCGAGUCCAGCGUGUGCGGGAGGGAGGCAUCCCCACCAUCUGUGGCCAGGUGGUGACCGACAGCCUCUCGCGCAAGACACAGGCCAGCCGCCCCUUGGCCACGGGAGCAGUGUUCGCCUCACUUCUGUCUCAGCCAGCGGAAGGACACGCUCUUGCGUGCGAAGCUCUGGCCGCCGCAAGGGACCCCGACUACAAGCGUAUCACGGCACCCGUGUGUAUCCUCUCUGGGACUGAGGAUGUCAUCAGUUCCCCCGAGUCGUGCGCGUUCAUUGCCAAGGCAACACGUGCACAGGUCAUCAAGAUGCCCGACGUCGGACACUGGGGUGUGCUAGAGGAUGUGGUCAAGGUCGCUGCUGCGUUGAUUGCUUUUAUAGACUGA